AUGAUCGACCCAGCAAUUUUCGAGAACCUUCAAACAAAAAUCGACGAGGAGACCGUCGUUCGUGAUGAAUUGCACGAGAUUGUUCAGAGUCUAGCUCGAAAGGGCCGAACGACACAGGCGAUCCUCUCUCGAGCCCACUCCACUCCUUCGAAAGACAUAAAACCCGUGCUUGACGACGCGGCAACACAAAUCCUCGCCCAGAAAGAAGACGUCUCCCGCCUCGCGGAAAUUGCAAACAAACAUCCCUUCUACAAAUACAACGGUGUCUGGUCCCGCGAGUUGCAGAACUUGGUAUACUACAUCGAACUCUGCGCGUGGCUCGGCGGUUUAACCGAAUACAAAAAUUCGUCCUCCAAAACCUCCUUCCUAACAAUUGAAGAAGUCGGCAAUUUCCUCGACAUACCCGUCAACCUCAAAGACGAAGACAAGUUCCACCUCACAAUCGAAGAGUACCUCCUCUCCUUGAUCUCCAUGGUCGAAGAACUCUCUCGUCUGGCCGUGAACUCGGUGACGCUAGGCGACUACCAUCGUCCGCUUGAGAUCAAUAACUUUAUCAAGGAUUUGUUCGCUGGAUUCCAAUUGUUGAAUCUCAAGAAUGAUAUCCUCCGGAAAAGGAGCGAUGGCAUCAAAUACUCGGUCAAGAAAGUGGAGGAUGUGGUUUACGAUCUCUCGUUGAGGAACUUGAUUCCCAAGGCAUGA